GCGCUCAGUCGUCGACGGCUGAUUUAGGCGAAUUGUUCACUGCGGCGGACAGAGUGCGGCGGAAAAUCGUAGCGGACUGGGAAAACUCCUUGGGAAAAGUCGCGCGCGCGUUUCGCGUUUCUUAUCAUACGAAGCGGCCAGUGAAAGUGGAAAGUUAUUGCGAGAGUGAAAGCAGGCCCCCGGAGAAAGAAAAAAAACAGCAGCAAACACACAGAUAAAUCACAAGUUGCAAAUAAACAAAAGCCGAGGGAAUCGUCCAAUAAAAGGAAUCGCGCGGCUCAAACAAAUUUGUGAUAUGCGUUUGAACAUAUUCGUUGUGAAGUGAAUUAAAUACGCCAGCAGAGCGUUUCAAUUAAGCGAAAAUCGGAAGAGAAAAAAACGCUCUAAAAUGUAUGGCUUCGUUAACUACGCUCUGGAGCUGCUGGUGCUGAAGCAUUUUGGGGAGGAGAUAUGGGAGAAGAUCAAGAAAAAGGCCAUGGUCAGCAUGGAGGGACAGUUUCUGGUGCGACAAAUUUACGACGAUGAAAUAACAUACAAUCUAAUUGGAGCAGCUGUCGAGAUACUCAAUAUUCCCGCAGAUGACAUCCUGGAGCUGUUCGGCAAGACCUUCUUCGAGUUCUGCCAGGACUCGGGCUACGACAAGAUCCUGCAGGUCCUGGGAGCCACGCCGCGGGAUUUCCUUCAGAAUCUGGAUGCCCUGCACGACCACCUGGGCACCCUGUACCCUGGAAUGCGGGCUCCCUCCUUCCGCUGCACGGAGAAGGAUGGCGAGCUGCUCCUGCAUUACUACUCGGAACGGCCCGGCCUCGAGCACAUAGUCAUCGGCAUCGUCAAGGCCGUUGCAUCCAAGCUGCAUGGCGUCGAGGUGGAAAUCGACAUUGUCAAGCGCAAGGGAGAGCCCAUCGACGAGGCCGAGAAGGAGCGGGCCAUCGCCCGGGAGAAUCAGCAGCUGCUGGAGGACGCGGUGGCCACGACGACGACGGGAUCGGCAACGGUUGUCCUGGCUCCUUCGACGGAUGCCGAGCGAAACAAUAAUCACAAUGGCAGUAGCAAUGGCAGCAGCAAUAAUGGAAUGGCCAACAACGGCAACGCCGUCAACGUGAAUAACAACAACGAUGGCCAACAGAUUGCCAGCGAGACAGAUCCCUCCAUUGCGCUCAGCACGUGUCCCAUUGCCCAGGACAGCUUCGAUUGCGAUGGGGACAAGGAGCAGAAGUGCCUGCGACUGCUGAAGAACAAGAGUGACGACAUCGAGCGGUACGACCACGUGCAGUUCCUGAUACGGGAGAUCAAUGUGGCCGCCAAGUCGCAGGUGGAUGCCAAAAAGGACGAGGUGCCCGACGACAUGGAGUUCCUCUGCGAAGCUCCACUCAUAUCGCCCGCCACUUUCUGCAAGGUGUUCCCCUUCCACCUGAUGUUCGAUAGGCAAAUGAAAAUCGUUCAGGCCGGCAAGGCUGUGUCUCGAGUCAUUCCCAGAGUUGCCGAGGAGAACUGCUCCCUAAUAGAGGUGGUGGAGGCCAUCCGGCCGCACCUGCAGCUCAACUUCGAGAACAUCCUGUCCCACAUAAACACCAUCUAUGUCCUGCAGACGCGUCAGGGGGCCAUGAGCAGCCGGCACGAGCAGCGUUUUCUGAGACUGAAGGGGCAAAUGAUGUACAUUCCGGAAACGGAUCGGAUACUGUUUCAGUGCUAUCCCAGUGUCAUGAAUCUGGACGAUCUGACCAAGAAGGGACUCUACAUCUCGGAUGUGCCGCUGCACGACGCUGCCAGGGAUUUGGUGCUGCUCUCGGAGAAGUUCGAGGCGGAGUACAAGCUCACCAAGAACCUGGAAAUGCUCACCGACAAGCUGCAGCAGACCUUUCGCGAUCUGGAGAGCGAGAAGCAGAAGACCGACAGGCUGCUCUAUUCGGUGCUGCCAAAGUCGGUGGCCAAUGAGUUACGACAUCAGCGUCCUGUGCCGCCCAAGCGCUACGACUCCGUGACGCUGAUGUUCUCCGGCAUCGUGGGCUUUGGCCAAUACUGUGCGGCCAACACGGAUCCCGAUGGGGCCAUGAAAAUCGUGAAAAUGCUGAAUGAGCUCUACACGGUCUUCGAUGCUCUGACCGACUCCAAGCGCAACCUGAACGUGUACAAGGUGGAAACAGUUGGCGAUAAGUACAUGGCCGUUUCCGGACUGCCCGACCACUGCGAGGAUCAUGCCAAGUGCAUGGCACGGGUGGCCCUCGAUAUGAUGGACAUGGCCAAGAACGUCAAAAUGGGCUCCAAUCCAGUGCAAAUCACCAUAGGCAUUCAUUCCGGCGAAGUGGUGACUGGAGUGAUCGGCAACCGAGUGCCGCGAUACUGUCUAUUCGGAAACACCGUCAAUCUCACCAGCCGGACGGAGACCACGGGCGUUCCGGGUCGCAUCAACGUCAGCGAAGAAACCUAUCGGCUCCUCUGUCUGGCGAUCAACCAGGAUGACUCGUUCCACUUGGAGUACCGCGGACCCGUGAUCAUGAAGGGCAAACCGACGCCCAUGGACUGUUGGUUCCUGACGCGUGCCACCAGCAGCAUUUUGGGAGGCACUUCCUCCACCGGAGGCGGUGGCGGUGGCGGCGGAGGAAACGGCAGCUUGGACUCGCCGCUGCUGCAGCCAGCCACUCCGACGACCGGCGGGGCCACGCCCAUUCCCGCAGUCGCCCAGCGGACAGCAGGACAUGCCAGCGUGUCACGUACUUCGUCCGCAGGAGCAGGAGCAGGAGCAGGAGGUGGAGGUGGAGGCACAUAGGAACUGUGCACGGACUCGUCCUGCUGCUGCUGAAACAUCCUGUAAAGUUGCUACUGCGUGCGUGACUCCAUCUGUCUGAAUGUCUGCGGCCAAAUCUGCAGGUCCUUGGACCACUUAACCACUUCAUUUCUAUGCCUUUGUGUUUGUCAUCCUGCAUCCUGCGUGCUGCACCCUGCAUUCUGCGCCCUGUGUCCUGCGUCCUUUCGCCCCCGUGUCCUGCAUCCCAAAACCCAAGUGUGUGUUCUUGGCAUUGUGUGAUUGUUGCUGCUGGCACAUUGCGGCCGGAGCCCAAGGAACGUCGGAUCGUUGUGCAAGCCUGUGGAUUAUCCUGUAAAAAUGUUUAAAAUCAUCUGUGCGUGUUGCGUGAGUCCUUGUAGAUGUGUAUUAUUGUGUAAAGAACGUGUAAUUUGUUAAUAUGUAUUUAUUAUGAUUCUACUUUGUGAUGGUUUCUUAGGCUGAACUUUUUCGUGUAACUAUACUAUAACCUAAAGGCAAAAUUACUCGAACUGUAAAAAUCGACGAGCGAAACAAUGUAAGGCAAAUAUUCUAACCGAACCACUCGACUUUGGGACAACUUACGAGGGUCGUUUGAUAAGUCCGUGACUUUUUGUAUUUGCCGCGCACCUGCUCUAAAUACAACACUGCUCCUGUCAGCAGUUAUCGAUUAACAGCUGACUGUAAAAUUUUGAGAAA